GCUGAAGAAGAGAGCUGUGCCGGCUGGCUCGGAGACUCCGAGUACCUUCAAGAAGCCAAAACCCCUACCUCGCCGUCUCGUGAAGAAAGACGAGUCGAAGGUUGCUGAGGGGGGAUGCCCUGAUGACGAAGAGAUGGGCGUGGACAAGCCGUCUCUGGUGGUGGACUUGGUGUCCAAAUCGAGGUUCGGUGGGCAUCCGGACGAGCUGGAGGACCCUCUUUCGGGAAUCCCGGCCGACGUCCGCUCUCAGAUACCGGCGGAGGUGGCCCGCCGAGCUAGGUCUUCGGGCGCCAAAGACAAAGGGAAGGAUGCAGCUGCUGCCGAGGACGAGAACGUACCUGCUACUCCCCACUAUUCGUCAAAGGAUAGGGUGGCUAUAUGCCGCAAGGUUUUUAAGGCCGUCCCCGCAGAGUAUGUUGCUUCUCUUCCUGGCCGCAAGACUGACGCCCAGUUUGGUGCGAUCCAGGCCACUCUUCUCGACUUGUUCUGCCGCAUGGAAUUCUGCAAGAGUUGGAAGACCCGCACUGCUGAGGAGCUCAAAGCUCAGGUGGCUGAGUCCACCCACCAUGGCGACUAUGCGUUCAAGUCCAUUGAAGAGGUCCGCCUGCAGAUGCAGACGACCAUAGACCUUCAAGCGAAGGAGGUGGCUGCGUUGAGAUCUGACAAGGCCGAGCUGCUUAAGAAGAUCUUGGCGCAGGACAAGGACAUGGUGGCAAUGGUCGAGGAGGCCAAGACAGCGGCGGCGGAAAUACGGGCGCUUCAGGACCAGUUGCGGGAGUACCCUCAGGUCAAAGAGGCGGCUGAGGAAGCCGAGCAUCUUCGUGGGGAGCUGGAGACGGCCAGAUCGCAAGUUCGCACCUUGCGUGAGCGUCUUCUGGAAUCCUAUGAUCAGGGGGAACAAGCGACCAAGGACGCUGUUAAGCACGCCUGGGAGAGCCACAUGUCAGAGUAUGAUCUUGGGUGGUUCCAGCGGCGAAUGGAAAGUAGUUCCUUAGACGGAAUAACCUUAACUCAAGGAAAAUUCACUAAAGAACUUCUACAUGAUAGUGGUUUAACUGAUCUAUGGCCCGUUGCAACCCCGUUACCACUGAACUUGAAGCUGUCAGCAGAGGAGGGUGAAGUAUUUCAAGAUGCAGAAACAUAUAGAUAUCUGAAGAUCAAUACCUGGUUAUCUAAUGCUGCUGGGAAAUUCACCAAUAAGUUGGAAGUCAAAGAAGCAAACGACUGUGAGUAA